AUGGAUGGAAUCCAAAAAACUCCAGAUAUACUGGCCAUAACAUUGAAGGAUGUUCCUUUGUUUGACGUGAAUUCUAUGCUGGGUGCCCAAUUUAUGCUCAAUGUGGAUGAGGCUACGUUUCCGUUGAUUAAUUAUGAAGAAAUGCUCCUGCAAAUGAACCGUUCGAUUUUCAGUUUUGGUCUGAAAUCAAUGCCGUCCGGUCAAUUUAUUUUCAUGCGAUUGGGUGACCUCGAUGUUCUCAGGUGUAUUCGAGAAAAAAUGCCCCGCUAA